AUGUCAACUACAUCAAAGAGUAAUUUAACAGAAAUAAUAAAGCAGGAAAAUGACGUUAUUGAAGAUAAUAUCAGAGAUGAAAUGAUAUUAUAUGAGGAUUCAAAUGAAUGGGCGGAAAGGGGAUAUAUUAUUCGAAAAUCAAUUCCCGUUUCAUUGGCUUAUCUAUUAUUGUAUGCAUUACAAUGGAUUAGUGUAAUUUCUUUAGGUCAUUUGGGAUCAACGGAGCUGGCCGCCUCAACACUGGCUUCAAUGGUAAUAAUCAAUAUUUAUAGUACAGAUCUGAUUAGUUGGUUAAAUCAAUGGGUUAAAUGGUCUGGUUAA